AUCAAAAUCUUAUUAUUUCUUUGACUUUAUAUAUAUGGCUAAUGGCCUUACAUCGGGGUAUGAGAUCCAUUUCAGAGUCCAAAGUGCAAUGAGGAAGAUCAGGAGGAUGCCCCAGAGCAGGAUGUGAUGUUGAAGAAGAAAAUUCUCUGAGCAACCUUCUGGCAGAUUGGUCAAGGGACAAAAGAUGGACAAAAUGCGGUCACGGAAGGAUCUUUUCGAGGUUUCAGGACCUACGUAUUUGACAUAUGUGAACUGGAACUGCCCGCACCACCGGCGAUCGGUGAUGGCGAGCCUCGUCCAAGGCGCGUACGUGCUGGAGCGCGACCGGCAGCUUAACCAGCAGGGCCCGGACGCGCUGGCGCCGGCGUGGUGGAAGUUCUUCCACUUCGAGCUUCGGCAGGAGCUCGUGGACGACGUCGACUCCUCCAUCUUCGGCGCGGUGUACGCGUUCAAGCCGCCGUACAACAUUCUCGACCCCGCGGCGGCCGCCAGCGCGCCGCACUACGUCGUCGCCUUCCGAGGGACCAUCAGGAACAAGGCUUCGGCGUCCAGGGACCUCGAGCUGGACCUCCAGCUCGCCCGGAACGGCGGACUCGAGCGCAGCACCCGUUUCCUAGUCGCGAUGCAUGCCAUCCGCAACGUCGUGUCGGCCGCGGGCGCGGGGCACGGCCGCGUCUGGCUGGCCGGCCACUCGCUGGGUUCCGCCAUCUCGACCCUCGGCGGGAAGAUCAUGGCCAGGGCGGGCAUCCUCCUCCCCGCGUUCCUCUUCAACCCGCCGUUCCUGUCGGCGCCGGUGGAGAGGAUCCCGCACAAGAAGGUGAAGCACGGCAUCCGCAUCGCCAAGAGCUUCGUCACGGCCGGGGUGGCCACCGUCCUGCAGCACAAGGGCGGCGGCGGGGACGAGGCCUUCGCGGCGCUGGCGCGGUGGGUGCCGAACGUGCUCGUGAACCCGGCGGACCACAUCAGCGCGGAGUACGUCGGGUACUUCGGCCACCGCAAGAAGAUGGAGGACAUCGGCGCGGGCGCCGUCGGGAGGCUGGCAACGAGGCACUCGGUCACGCACCUGCUGCAGGGCAUCGGCAAGCCGGGAGGCAGCGAGCCCCUGCACCUGUUUCCUUCGGCCGUCCUGACGGUGAACCGCGGCCCGUCGCCGGACUUCAAGACCGCGCACGGGAUCCACCAGUGGUGGAGGCCGGACUUGGCCAUGCAGCUGCACUGCAGCGCCUAUUCGUACGCUUGAUCAGCAGAUCGCUGACAUGCGAUGGGG